UUUCCAGUGUCUAUUCAUUGGGACUAAAUGAAUUUCAGAGGUUCCAGUAGAAAAGGUCUACCUCUCAGCUAUGUCCCCAAGCAUCCUCUCUCUUCAGUUGUACUGUCUGUGCCUGUAACCUCUCCGAUAUUAUCCCCUUUCCCUUCCGUCCUGAUCAACCUCCUGAAUACAAACAUCUUAUUAUUGUACCACGUCAUUUAACCCUGGCUGAUAACCUCCUUGUUGCAACAACGCAUAGGAAGAACACAACUUCUUUCGUUUGGUCAUCAAUAAAACAAAAUUGACAGAAAUGAUGAUAUAAAAAGAGAGAAAAAAUGACCUUGGGUAAAACACGACAUAUCAGUAGUUGACAUGAUGCAGUCACCAAACACCCUAAUUAAGUGGAAAGCAGGGAGUGAGGCAUUUGAAGCCAGUGUAUUGUUAUCUUACCAAAAUACUAAAAUUAUUAUAAAUACAGAAUGACUUUGCAGUGAGCUACAGAAAUUAAUAGGAAAAUAAUUUAUAAACAUGCUAUCCACAGAGGUAGCAUAAGUGGUAAUCCAAAUAUCAUUAUUGGUGCAGAUACAGUUAUAGAAUAUAGCUAAACUCUCUUACACAUUAGAGCUGGCCAUUUCAUUUUUCGACAAUGUCUCCCUUCUACAUAACAUGAUGAAACAGGUAUGCUAUGUUUACAUUAAGUUGUUGUGAUCAAUUAUAAUGGUUGAGAUUAUUUUUUCAUUUUGAUGCAAAUAUUUUAAAGAAUGAUAAAAUUUGACGAAUUUGACAUUUGAUGAGCGGUCUCGAUCAAUUAAGAAAAAUCAUGGCUUUGGCGCAUGACCUUGUCUAUUGUCUAACAUUCACCCUUGUUGAUAUCGGCAACUUAAAUAACUCAAAAAAUUCUUACCAAUGCCGAAAUAGAGAAACUGAUACUACCAUAUCUAAAUGCCCAAUGUCGUUCACUGCACGAUGUUAUAGAAAUUAUAAAUAGAAUCGAUAUUAUCAAUAGUACUGAAUGUGUGGAUUUCGUAUCCUGUGUAAAUGCCCCGUAAUCUCAGUGUACCUUAACUACCAUAUACAUGUAUUGUUUACUGUGGUGUGACUUAGAAUUACAAAUGUGUGAUGAGACACGCUGUCUGAAGUAAAUAAACGUUGUGGGAACGCUGUCGUUAACGUGAAGAUUUACCGGCUUCAAUUUGUGUACUCAAUAUGUUUCGGUAAAAUGUACUUAAAAAUAUAUCUCCUUCGGUUUAUUUAUCGUGUUCAUUCCCUAGAGGGUAAGAUAUCGACUCAAAAAAAUACCAAAAUAAAUCCUGGAAUCGGUUUUAUUAAUUAACUCUGUUAACCUUAAUAUAAUUGGACGUAUAGUAUUUCAUUUCAUCGUUUUGUAACUGUUGUUUUAUCCUACGUUAAGGUGUAAUGUACAAGAAGUACAGAACCCCUCCACCAUCCCGUACUCCAACCAAUCCCCAUCCCACCAACCCCUUCCGACACACACACUUUACAUGUGCCAAGAGUCAUAGCCAAUAUGUGUGUAAAUAGAAAUUUAAAUAUUUAAGUAUAACGAUUUAGGUUAAAAUAUAACAAUCAAGAAUGAAUCAUACAAUAAUGAAUCAACGAAUGAAGAGACUUGGAUAUAAAAUUGUAAUCGUUUUCUGUCGUAAGAAAAUCUCUUCAGAGCUUAUGUUUCGUGUUACACAUAUACGACAAACAAUUAAGUUUCUUGUAUCUUGUAUCUUGUAAAUUAUUGAACCUAAAAUAAAGUGUUUAACAGCCUCUGAGAAAACAACAGGUAUAUUUAAGAUAGGUGUAAUGACGGUAAACAUUCUUUACAGAAACGAGAUAUCAUCCGCAUUCACGAUGUAAAUAUAACAUGACCACUGCUAUUUGAAAGAAAACCUGGCAGGUAACUAAUUGAUAUGCAUAUAUUCACACUAUAAAUAGAAACAACCAGGAAGGUAUGUAUACGGUUUUUGAUACAAGACACAGACAUAAUGGUUAAAGGACUGGAGUAGGUCUGACGUUCUAUGGAUGUCUAAGUGGACCUAACACAACAUGGACAGAAAGAAACAGUACAAAGGUAAGUAAACCUUGUAUAAUAUACACUGACAACCAAAACUGUACACAGUUGUUUAUGGGAAUGAAGGGUGGAUAGGAGGAGAAAGGCUCAUAUAUAUAUAGUGUUACCUAAUUCCGUCUGUCUGUAUGACUUCACGAAGUGACGUCUUCUCUCUCGCACCUACCUUCGCUUGUGAAAGAAUUGCUUUGGUACCUUAUACAGAUAUGAACUACUAUAGUACAUUGAUCAAAUCUGCGUUAUUGCAUUUUUACUGAAUGCAAAGUCACUGUUACUGUAAAUAGAACAUGUUCGCGCAGUAACAACAUCUGUGUAGCGUUUAUAUUUGUUGUCGAAGAUUUCUAUGACGUUUCGAGGUUACGUAAGAAGGAUCCUUUACUGGUGGGCAUAUUAAGCAUUUUUACCAAAUGGUCAAGAUUGUGUUUGUUUUCUUGUGUUUAACCAUUAACGCGACAGCUAGUCAUAUGAUGUUGUUUCCCGAAAGUUACAGCUAUGAAAUCGACGUCACAUAAACGUUUAUGUCUGUGAUGGUACAAUAAAAUACACAAUAACCAAUUUCAUCGCCACCCAAUAUUUCCCGCCUAGACAUUGUCCUUUCAGAAUGGAUACUAGGCCGUCGAUAAAUGGAAUUUGAAAGCAAAUAAAAAUACUCUACACAGCCAGGACUGUUUAAAGAUCUCUAACAUUAAGUUUAGAUUUAAGAACAAAACAUGCAACGCAUAGUCAGUCUUUAAAGGUCAUUUAACAUAAGCUCUACUACCCUUACGAUUAACAAUCAUACUUGUAUAGGUCGAUCCUUUUUUAAUGAGAUGGCAAAGUGUUGUUUGCCUACCAAAAUCAAAUAACUUAAGGAUAGAAAGUUUAGCAGCCGGCUCCCAAGUAAAAUAAGAGGUUACAGUUUAUGAUACAUUAUACGUGUACAUAUAACUCGUCCAGCCAGGUACUGUCUCUCCACAGGAAAACAGGCAUAAUACAGAUGGUACCUAAUAUGAUCAAACUGACACUGAAACAGCGUAUAUAAUGUCUCAUUUGAAUACCCAGGCCGUUACGUAACAGGCUCCUAGACGAAUAUUUUUUUGUCCUAUUCAUUUAACUGCAAAUAAGGUUUGAUUAUCAUUGGCACUAUGAUCAGAUAUCUUGUUAAGAAUUAUAAAACAAGCCGUUGUCAUAUUCCUAUAUAGAAUGAAUCAACUUGCCAAUCAAUAAUACAAGCAUGGUAAUGAAAUAAUAAUGUAAAACAUUAUAAAAUAUCAAAAGCAUGCACAUGUAGAUUUAAACAACAAAGAAAUUGCUGCAGCUCUGUCUACUAUGUGGGGUGUCACGUGAUAUCUAAUGAUUUAGUCCAGGGGAAAAUUGCGGAACAAAAUGCACCUGGACGCACAUAAUUUCAUUUCAGAAUUUCGCUUAAACCAACAAUAAUGUCUUCAUGCACACGUGGUGCAGUUUUGCCGCAAAACUCCAUGGAUAUUGUUUCAUUUCGAAUUAUUUUAUUACAUCAAUAACAUUUUAUGAGAGUUGGGCAACAGACAACCAUAUAUAAGUCCUCUACCGUAGAAAUCGAGAGUUUCCAGUGUCUAUUCAUUGGGACUAAAUGAAUUUCAGAGGUUCCAGUAGAAAAGGUCUACCUCUCAGCUAUGUCCCCAAGCAUCCUCUCUCUUCAGUUGUACUGUCUGUGCCUGUAACCUCUCCGAUAUUAUCCCCUUUCCCUUCCGUCCUGAUCAACCUCCUGAAUACAAACAUCUUAUUAUUGUACCACGUCAUUUAACCCUGGCUGAUAACCUCCUUGUUGCAACAACGCAUAGGAAGAACACAACUUCUUUCGUUUGGUCAUCAAUAAAACAAAAUUGACAGAAAUGAUGAUAUAAAAAGAGAGAAAAAAUGACCUUGGGUAAAACACGACAUAUCAGUAGUUGACAUGAUGCAGUCACCAAACACCCUAAUUAAGUGGAAAGCAGGGAGUGAGGCAUUUGAAGCCAGUGUAUUGUUAUCUUACCAAAAUACUAAAAUUAUUAUAAAUACAGAAUGACUUUGCAGUGAGCUACAGAAAUUAAUAGGAAAAUAAUUUAUAAACAUGCUAUCCACAGAGGUAGCAUAAGUGGUAAUCCAAAUAUCAUUAUUGGUGCAGAUACAGUUAUAGAAUAUAGCUAAACUCUCUUACACAUUAGAGCUGGCCAUUUCAUUUUUCGACAAUGUCUCCCUUCUACAUAACAUGAUGAAACAGGUAUGCUAUGUUUACAUUAAGUUGUUGUGAUCAAUUAUAAUGGUUGAGAUUAUUUUUUCAUUUUGAUGCAAAUAUUUUAAAGAAUGAUAAAAUUUGACGAAUUUGACAUUUGAUGAGCGGUCUCGAUCAAUUAAGAAAAAUCAUGGCUUUGGCGCAUGACCUUGUCUAUUGUCUAACAUUCACCCUUGUUGAUAUCGGCAACUUAAAUAACUCAAAAAAUUCUUACCAAUGCCGAAAUAGAGAAACUGAUACUACCAUAUCUAAAUGCCCAAUGUCGUUCACUGCACGAUGUUAUAGAAAUUAUAAAUAGAAUCGAUAUUAUCAAUAGUACUGAAUGUGUGGAUUUCGUAUCCUGUGUAAAUGCCCCGUAAUCUCAGUGUACCUUAACUACCAUAUACAUGUAUUGUUUACUGUGGUGUGACUUAGAAUUACAAAUGUGUGAUGAGACACGCUGUCUGAAGUAAAUAAACGUUGUGGGAACGCUGUCGUUAACGUGAAGAUUUACCGGCUUCAAUUUGUGUACUCAAUAUGUUUCGGUAAAAUGUACUUAAAAAUAUAUCUCCUUCGGUUUAUUUAUCGUGUUCGUUCCCUAGAGGGUAAGAUAUCGACUCAAAAAAAUACCAAAAUAAAUUCUGGAAUCGGUUUUAUUAAUUAACUCUGUUAACCUUAAUAUAAUUGGACGUAUAGUAUUUCAUUUCAUCGUUUUGUAACUGUUGUUUUAUCCUACGUUAAGGUGUAAUGUACAAGAAGUACAGAACCCCUCCACCAUCCCGUACUCCAACCAAUCCCCAUCCCACCAACCCCUUCCGACACACACACUUUACAUGUGCCAAGAGUCAUAGCCAAUAUGUGUGUAAAUAGAAAUUUAAAUAUUUAAGUAUAACGAUUUAGGUUAAAAUAUAACAAUCAAGAAUGAAUCAUACAAUAAUGAAUCAACGAAUGAAGAGACUUGGAUAUAAAAUUGUAAUCGUUUUCUGUCGUAAGAAAAUCUCUUCAGAGCUUAUGUUUCGUGUUACACAUAUACGACAAACAAUUAAGUUUCUUGUAUCUUGUAUCUUGUAAAUUAUUGAACCUAAAAUAAAGUGUUUAACAGCCUCUGAGAAAACAACAGGUAUAUUUAAGAUAGGUGUAAUGACGGUAAACAUUCUUUACAGAAACGAGAUAUCAUCCGCAUUCACGAUGUAAAUAUAACAUGACCACUGCUAUUUGAAAGAAAACCUGGCAGGUAACUAAUUGAUAUGCAUAUAUUCACACUAUAAAUAGAAACAACCAGGAAGGUAUGUAUACGGUUUUUGAUACAAGACACAGACAUAAUGGUUAAAGGACUGGAGUAGGUCUGACGUUCUAUGGAUGUCUAAGUGGACCUAACACAACAUGGACAGAAAGAAACAGUACAAAGGUCCCCAUGUCGAUUAUAUCGGACGAACUCACAGACAAAAUAGCAAUGAAUCACGUAUACCUAGUUCGUACGACCGUGGCAAUGGUGAGAACAGACGCAUUUCAAGUGGCAUAGCGUUCGAGAACUAUGCCAUACCUGACGAAUAUUAUGUUGAUGAUCCUUAUGGGAACAAGAGGACUGACAACUCAAAACGUCAUUGGGCAAAAGCCGACUGGCCACGGCAAGAUAUGGAGUCUUACAGCCACCCAAGCGAUAUGAGCCAUAAUGCACACAACCAUAGAUCCAAGCGCCGCCCCGCUAAAAAAGAUACUGACCGUCGUCCCCCAAGAUACCAGAAAGGAAGAAACCCUAACAUCCUGCUGUCAACUCUGGCCGUUUUCACGAUAGCGGUUGUCGUAGCUACCCCACUGUUGAUUAUCUAUGUCUUCGGAGGAGGAACCCCGAUCACUGAAGGAACAAUAAACCUGGAAAUAAAGCUCGCUGAACAGUUUCAAAACGGUAUGGAGAGUCCUACUUCCACAGUGUUCAAGUCGACGGAGAAGGACCUUUGUCCAGAGGUAGAACGUGCAUUUACUACCGACAGGAACUCCCAACGGAACACAAACUAUGCGUGCAAGCUGAAAUCACUAAGAACUGGCAGCAUCAUUUGCACUUUAGUGUUAAGCAUAACCGGCCGAUACACCAUACCUGACAACGAUAAAUAUGUCCAAACGAUUACAACAUACAUAGGAGCAGCGAGGACCCUGGGGUCAUUUACAGUAAUACAUGGAUCCAUAGUUGUCACGUCUGCUUCAUAUAUGAAGCAAGGCGUCCAAACGAUAAUGACAACAACCGCAUCUGAGCCCACGACAACGACAUCCACUCCAGAGACAACAACUACUAUCACUAUUCCCCCUGAAAUGGAAAUGAAUGACUCAAUCACCACACCUGAAGAGGAGAUCACCAUUAGCUGUAACGCACGGUACGCUCCGUCCGGAUGGGAUAACUUCAGUAUAGUAUCAGUGAACAAUGAUGACAUCCACGUGACAGCCUUUUCAAACGGAACUAUUCGACAGAGCAACAGUUCUUAUACAGCUAGACUUCAACAAAGUAGUCCAGAUAUGAUACUUAGCGUGCUGUUUCCUAAUACCACGACACACUGUUACGCUAGAGGGAGUUAUGUGUGUUCAUUGACAGACGAUGGAAUCAUCGUCAUCAAUGAUACAGCCACAGUUAUAAUUACGAAUCGAGCCAGCAACCUAACACUUAAAGGUAACGGCACAGUUAAUGAGGGUGACAGGUACGAGAUGAACUGUUCCGGUAGAGUAGCUACAGAAGGCGGGGAUCUCCACCUCCAUGUACGAUCUGGUAAUACUUCGGACUUUAUCAGGACCACAGAAGUUCCCAUAGUAACAGUUGGCGAAUUCAAUGACUUAUGUUACCAGUCCGUAACCAAAACCUACCAUUUUUUCGCUGAAAAGGUCCAGAAUGGAACAGAAUUCUCAUGUGUCGCCACUAAUGUCAAAUUAUCAUCCUACCAAACCAGCAGUUCAAUCGACAUGGUAGUGGACUUUGCAGCUUUCAACACUCAGUUUCAUUUGCAAAAUACUACAUGGAUCCCUGCCCUCGGUGACAAAAACAGUGAUGAAUUCAAGAGCUUUGCAGAGAAAAUAGAAAGUGACACUGACUAUGUAUACGAGAGAAGCAAUAUCAAGGAUAACUACAAGAGAAGCAAAGUCAUUGGACUCGAACCUGGAAGUGUCAACGUCAUUUUCGUGAUGUUUAUAGAAAUACAAGUGAUUAUCACCGAUAGCUUUAACAAUGUAAUCACAACAAAGCUGACAGCUGCCGACAUCGUUACAGCAUUUGUGGUCACUCUCCCUCUGGUUGCCGACAGUCUUACCGAAAGUGACCUUAAAAGCGUAGAAACCAACAGCAUUGUCGGACAAGUCAUUAUUACUGAUCCUGACGAAGAUUAUGAAUGCAGCAAUACGAAGACUGACGUUGUAUUCCUUCUGGACGCCUCAGGAAGUAUCGGAUCAUCUAAUUUCAUAUUAAUGAAAUUCUUCAUUAAAAACAUUACAGCAAAUAUUCUGUUAGACCCAACCGCCAUUCAAGUUAGUGUCGUUACAUUUGCCUCAGUUCCUAGAUAUGAAUUUUGGCUCAAUGAACAUUAUGGAGCAUUAACGCUGAAUCCAGCUAUAGAUUCAAUCGUAUACACCAACGCGGGGACAUAUAUAGCAAGUGGUUUGCAGUACGUCAGGGAUAAUGCACUUGCCGCUCAAAAUGGUGCAAGAGCUGACUCAGAAAAGGUAAUAAUUCUGAUGACUGACGGGGUUUCGUCUGAUAAUUCGGCAACAAUCGCCAGCACACUGAGAAAUAAUGGCGUCCUGGUGGCUUGUGUUGGAAUAGGAAACGGAAUAAAUACGGCUCAGUUAAAUGAAAUCGCUUACAACUCCUCAUACGUAUUUGUUGCUGCUGAUUUUAACGUGUUGACACAAAUUAGAGAUACUGUAAGGAGGUCAACAUGUGAGACUAUCGACAACAACAGUUAAGUUCCUUUCUGAAUAUUUUGAAUUGAUCAGGAUCAUAUAACCCGAAUGUGAUCUGCAUAUAUUUGAGGUCUGGCCUAUACAAUUUAACUCUCUUCAGGCUUAAACCUGAUAGUGGUAAAUAUGUAUGCAUCGCGCUAUCCAAAUAAUCAUGAAGGAAAACUGUUGUUCUCGGGUAAUUUGUAUUUAAUCUUUAAUGUAAAACUUGUAUAGGUAUGCGUUUUCAUAAGGGACGACUAAUAUGGAAAUCCCGGAUUUUUGGAUUUUCUUUCAUGUCCUCUACACGGGUACAGGGAAGUUACCAAAUAAUUCGGCUGCCCACGUAACAAUAUUUAGAAUCUUAUUAUUUCCUCUCCUUUUCGGCUACUUUUUUGUUAUUGUUUUCUGUCCUUUCACCUCACCUCAUUUAGCAAUACAUGUAGUUUUUAUUUAGAUAUUAAAACAUUCAAUCGGAGAAUAGUUUAUCCAUGAUUUUAUGCAAAAUAUAACCUUGUAUAUGUAAUAAAAUGCGAAAUGUAGGAAACAGUAAUUGAAUACCUGAACGUUUAUUACAAUGUAGAUACUCUGACCUCUGUAUAUGUAUUUUGUUUAUUAUUAUUUUAUGUGAAUUCAAAACGAAAUGAAACUAUACGGUUGUGAAAUCGCACAAAGUUACACGAUGUGCGAUGUGCACAUGAUGUGUGAACGAUGUGUAAACGAUACAAUUCUAGAAGAUUAUUGCUUUCGCAAAUUUGUGCGCACGAUGGACGAACGUUGUUCGAUAACAAUCGUGGUUAGUGUAAAUUGAGAAAUAACUUGUCAACAUGAACGGUUUUAUGUUUCAACUUAUAAACUUGAUUUUUUUAAGUAUAUUUCUAUAUUCUACUUACAUCUGUAAGCUUAUCUUUCUAUCUAUAUUUCUAAAAAAUUAGAAAUACUGUUUUUGGUGUUUUUGAAACUUCCCAAAUCGACACAUGUAAAAUGACAACAAAUAUUGACACGAUUCCAAUAUACAGGUAAACAUGGCCACUUUUUACAUAUACCUAGACCGUAGUUUUCCUCACCCAGGGCACUCACGUAACAGGCCGAUUUUUGAAAAUCUAGAUGAAGGGGAGCUGUAGACCAAACCGAAUGCAGUUAACAAAUACUAAAUGUCCAUUUGUCAUAACGAUUAUACGGUAUAACAUAUCAGCUCUCUGUGUCAGGCACAGACAAGGUAAAGCUCCGGUCACUUAUCAAAAUGUUAUUUACCUUUUCUUUUACCUGGGAUCAAAACUUGACAGUCUAACUUUCACUUUAAUACCGUCUAAAUGUCUAAAUCGUAUUGUAAAAUUGAACACAAUCUUUAAUCAUUUUGAUGAGAAAUUAAUAUAUACAGUGUACGUUAUUUCAUUCGAUUCUUCCGGAUUAGUUUCAUUCUGUAAUAUUGAACAACCAAUUGUACCAAAUCGCACUGUUGUGUAGAGAGAAGCGCACAACUGUACGAACGAUUGUUAAAUCGCAGGGUUGUGCGUACGAUGUACAGACGAUGUGUGCACGAUGAAUACACGAUAUGCGCACGCUAUUUUUGGUGCGUUGUACGGUUUCACAACUGUAUAUUACAAAACAGUAUACAGUAUUGUUUUAAAAAAAUAGCCUUCGGUUACAAACUACCCGCGAUGACAUGCAAUUACAACAGCAUUUUUCAUAUAAGGGACUACUGUCGUUUGCUAAUAAAGUUUGUUGUUUUAUUGAUGCAAAGUGACUGUUUGUUGUGAUAUGUAAUUGUUCAUGUUUCUAUCUGAAAAUGUUUCUGAAAAGGGGGCGGAUCGCAAAGAACCUUUGAUGCGUUCCUUUAUCUGCACUGUCGUUAUUACUUUUUUGUCCACAAAAAAAAUGUAUAAUAUAUAUAUAUAUACAUAACCUUCAUUACAUUGAGAGAUGACGAUGUAAUAGCACUUCAUAUCGUGUUGAUAUUGGGGUGUGACAACGACUUCAUUUAAGUACUGAUUAAUUACUAAAUUAAUAUGCGAAACCUUAGGCUUGUCGUUAACUAUUUAAUUGAACAGUACGAUCGACAAGAUGGCCUGAUAGGAGGCACGGUAGUCUAGUGGCAGGACGCCGGGCUCAUGACCGAAGGGUUGCGGGUUCGAGUCACGGCACUG